GUGAAGAGAGAAAGAAGGAAGGAAGGCAUCCUAGCCUUCAUCAAGGCAGAAAAGAUUCAGGACAGGCAAAGAAGUGAGAAGCUGGGAAGGUGCUCACUAUCAGAUUUGUGAAGAGACAACUAGGCUCAGAAAUUUUCAGUGUAGGGAUCAUACAGCAAUGGAAUGAAAAGGGGGAAAGGCAGUCAUUUUAUGGUUCAAUCAGAGGCAAGGAUUAGAAAUUUCAAGCAUUAAUCCAGAAAUCUUAGGGAUUCAAUGACAAUGAAAUUUGAAGAAAAGUGUGGGGACAAUGGAAGCAUUGUAGGAAGGAACCAGUCAUACCUGGGUGAGAAGCAUCAGCCAAAAGGAAAACCCAUAGCAAAUGGGGAAGCUGAGGUCUAUGUAAAGCAGGAGGCAAACGGGAAAUGCAGCGUGCCCAGGAAAAGCCUCAACAUGUACACCUGGCAGGAGAUCCAGAGGCAUAAUCAGAAGGCUGACCAGUGGCUGGUCAUCAAUUGCAAGGUUUACAAUGUCUCCAGCUGGGCCGACAGGCAUCCAGGUGGGCACCAGGUCCUCAACCACUGUGCUGGGGAAGAUGCCACGGAUGUCUUCAGGGCCAUGCAUCCAGAGCUUGACAUUGUGCAGUUGUACCUGAAGCCACUGCUCAUUGGAGAACUUGCCCCAGGAGAGCCCAGCCAGGAAAGACACAAAAAUUCCCAGUUGGUGAAAGAUUUCCAAGAAUUGCAGAGGAUCGCAGAGGCUAUGAACAUGUUCCAUGCCAACCUGGGGUUCUUCUUUCUUCACUUUGCCCAGAUCUUAAUUUUGGAAGUGCUGGCAUGGCUAAUGGUGUAUCAUUUUGGCAGUGGCUGGCCUGUUACUAUAUUCAUUUCCUUUCUUCUCACAAUUUCUCAGGCUCAGAGUGCAUUUUUGCAGCAUGACGUGGGGCACCUUUCCAUAUUUAAGAAGUCCAAGUGGAACCACGUGAUGCAUAAAUUUGUGAUGUGCCAUCUCAAGGGCCUGUCAGCAGACUGGUGGAAUGACGCGCACUUUCAACAUCACGUAAAGCCGAACAUCUACCCCAAAGACCCGGCUAUUGACACGGGCCCACUUUUUCUGCUUGGAGAUUCACAACCUGUCAAGUACGGCAAGAAGAAAAUCAAAUACAUCAACUAUGAAAAGCAGCACCUGUACUUCUGCAUAGUUGGGCUCCCACUCUUCAUGCCAGUAUAUCUCAACCUGCGAUCCAUGCAAGUGAUGUACCUUCGAAGAUAUCGGGUGGACAUCGCCUGGGUUAGCAGCUUUUACAUCCGAUAUUUCAUCACAUUUGGCCCUUACUAUGGCAUCUUCGGGACCAUGUUGCUCAUAUAUUUGGUCAAGUUUCUUGAAAGUCCUUAGGUUGUAUAUGUUACUCAGAUGAGCCACGUAACAAUGAGAAUGAGCACAGAGGAGAACCGGGACUGGCUCAGCACUCAGGUCUUGGCCACCUGUAAUAUUGAACAGUCCUUUUUCAAUGACUGGUUCACUAGGCACAUGAACUUCCAAAUCGAGCACCAUCUGUUCCCCACAAUGCCACGCCAUAAUUAUCACAAAGUGGCGCCUCUGGUGAGGUCACCGUGUGCCAAGCACGGAUUGCAGUAUGUGAAUAAACCCAUGUUGAGGGCAUUUGGAGAUAUUGUCAGAGCCUUGAAGAAAUCUGCAGCCCUCUGGGCAGAUGCUUACUAUGAAACAUGAUGCCGAAUGUCAGCCUUGACACACAUGUAAUUGCAUCUCUGAUGAGGGUUGGUGCAUGUGCAGGAGCUUUUCCCUGCUUAACUGGGAAUUAGUUAUCACCAUUGGUAUACUUGACUGUGCUGUUCUAGGAAUAUGAAUCCCAAGCACAUGUGAUAACCCCUUCUCUGAAAGUCUUCUCUGCAAAUAAGAACCUAGGAAACACAAGAUGACACUGACCAGGGUGACAAAAGGGAAAUGGAGCCCAAAAUUUUUGUUUUUUCAUUAGUACCUUGAACUCAGUCCUCCCAAUAGACUUUAGUCAGAUCAUCUCAGUCAAGGGCCAGAAGUACAAGAACCAGGCAAAAGUUUUAUGGAUGAAGUGGACAUAGGGAGAAGUCAGCCAAAAGAGAGCCAUCUAACAGAGUACUUUGGAAAUUAGUGCAAUUGCUCUUAGAAAAGAAUCAUAUGUUUAAGAAUUUCCUGUUGAAGCACAAAUGCUUUUUACUUCUUUUCAGAUGUGUGAACUUCUUUUUCUUUAAAAAC